AUGCUGCUGCGGUGCUCUCAGUCUCUCUCCAUCUCUCUCUCUCUCUCCCUCUCUGAGCUGGUUGGCAGAGGUGCUGGUGGACCCUCUGUUGCUGCUGCUGCUGUUGCUGCUCACUCAGCUCACAGCUCCCAGUCCUGGGAAAAAAGCGGCCGCAGAUUAUCCAGCUCGGUAACGUUAGCUCACCGGCUAACGGUCAAGACAGCGACCGAGAGGAGCCAUGCAAAGCCGCAGGAGCGAGUGAAAGUUGGUCGCGGCUCACUUUGGGACUUUUGCGCGUGGAAAUACAACAAUAAAAGAGGUUCGCGGAUCAUGCUGCCGCCCCCGACGGGAACUUUUCUCUAG